GACACUUGUGUCCACAGUUGCCGGCGUCGCUGCAGCAUGAACGCGCUUUGGAUUUUUGCGAUUGCUGUUGGAGUUGUAGCGGGGGAUGUCGGUCUCGGGUACCAUUAUAAGGUACCUCAGACCUCGUACGGUGUACCAGCGUACCAAAGCAGCACGGCCAGCUCUAUCUAUAACAGUGGCCUAACUGGAAACACGAACAAUAACAACUAUAAUAACCAACACUCGGGUAGCAUUGGAACUGGUUCCAACUACUACACCGGAUAUAACACUCACGGUGGGUUGAGCUCAACGAGCGGGCAAAACACCGGUUACACAGGAUUCCAAACUGUUGCAAGCUCGGCUGCAACCGUACCUGACAACACCUACUACCAAUACACCAAUUUUCUACAACCAAACUAUCAGACUAGUGGCGAUUAUUCUGCUUUCAAUCAGUACCAAACGUCGGGCCAAUACCAGUCAUCGGCUGUCGAGAAAUACCAGCAAUAUUACAACGUAAUUCAAGAGCAGCCAGCACAAGUGUUUAAGCAUUACUAUGUUCACGCCGCUCCCGAAGAACCUGAAACUCCUAAACCUCGCCAGCCCAUAGUUUUGCCACCAUCACAAAAACACUACAAAAUCAUCUUCAUUAAGGCACCAUCCACACCAGCGCAGCCUCCACAAAUCAUCCCAGUACCACAACAAAACGAAGAAAAGACUCUUGUCUACGUUCUUGUCAAGAAGCCCGAAGAGGCACAGAAAAUCGUCUUACCUAAACUUGAACAGAAGCCUCCAACGAAACCGGAAGUAUAUUUCAUUAAAUACAAUAACAAACAAGAUUCCCAGUCAGUUAUUAAUAACAUUGUAUCUGACUUAAAUAAAGGAAGUAAUGUGGGAUCUGGAUACUCAAGCUAUUCAGAUGGCUCUACAGUUUACACAACCUCAAACCAAGGAAGCAGUUCAUCAGGACCGACUUACGCAGAAAGUUUUAGUUUGUCUGGAAACAAAGGUUCAUCAUCGCUGGGUUCGUCCAAUGCAUUUGGAUCCUCCACUUUUGGUUCAGGUGGAUCAAGUAGUUCAAGCACACACAGUUCUGAAUCAAGCGGUACAAACAUUUUCGGAUCUGGUUCAUCAGGCUCAAGCACGUUUGGUUCUGAAUCUACCUCAAGCACAUUUGGCUCUGGACUAUCUGGAUCUAGUACAUUUGCAUCGGGCUCUACUGGGACCGGAAACCAUGGAUCCUCAACUGGAACCUCCUCUAGUAGUGCUUUUGGAUCAUCUUAUGAUGGUUCUAAGGGUCAAAGUGUGAGCAUUUCGACAAUUGACGGCGGAGUUACCGAUAAUGGGUACGACAGCUCCUCAGGAUUAUCUACUCUUUCUACCACCGCCAGCACUCUCACGGGCUACGAUGCAAAUGCAAUUUCAACUAGUCAGGGUAUUCCCCACGAGACUUAUGGACCACCUAAGUUCAAAGUACUUUAGAUUUAAGCCUAAAUAUAAUAUUCUGCGACUUUGGUAAUUUUAAAGUUUUAUUAAAUAAAUAUAAAUAAAUUAC